AGGAGCAUCUUAUUUGCGGUGAGUGCGGCGAUGCUUUGGAUGGAGCAGAAUUGCCUGUAGACAUGCCCGAUUCAUGCCUACUGCCUCCAGCUCAUGACGCGCUCUCUCUGUUGAUUCCUUCGACGGAUUGCAGGACUUACGUGGCAUUUCCGGAGUCUGCAGAGUGCGAUCCAGAGCACAGAUUGGCGGAGAAGCCAACUUUGCUGGAUCCUCUUCGUGCAGUUCCACUUCUUCCGCCUGACAUCAUGUCUUUAGAAAUUCCUUGGUUGGAAUCUUGGAGAGCACCUCGGCAAAUCAAGGACCCGUUUCAGUACAGCGAUGCCUUUGAGGCCAACUUUGUUGAGGCUGGUACAGCUUUGGGACCUUUGCUAGGUUCAGACCUAGGUGGACAGCGGUUGUUUUUCAUGCCGGCGGGUGGUCACGAAAGGGAUUUGCCUAGUGACACCGAUGAUGACGAACAGCCAGAGUUCAACAUCCCAGCACCAGGACCCGAAAUGAAAGACAAAGCGAUUUCGAGUUUGGAAGGGCCAGUCAGUUCAGAGAUGUGGUACAAACGGAACGUUGCAGAGGAGCGCCUCCAAGAGCUUUGUGCCUCAAGCAGCCGCGCUGUCCGAGACCGACUCACUAACCUGAAUUCCGAGAUGACAGGUUACAAGCUUUACCUUGGCUAGCGAAAACGGACGAAUGUUGUUGAGCCCCUGAAGGGCUGAGCUGUUUUCAAAUGGCCCCUCGAAGAUCCUCAAAGAUUCUCAAAGUAGCUCAAAGCAACCAGCGCAAAAUCCAAGGUGUUUCACCCGUCUCCUGGCAGAGCUUUGCUGCAAAACAGCAGCAGGUUUGCUGCUAGCGAAACAUGGCAGAACUGACCAGUGCAACUGACGCAAGUCAGAUGCUGUCAGCCUUUUCAAGAUGCAUGACUGCAGCUGCGGCCUGGGUCUAAAAUU